AUGCAUGCGUUUGACGAAACGUUCAUGUUGUUACGCCAGCAGCGGGUUGUCAUUUGCAGGUCGUGCCACCACGCCGUAUUGCCCGGUUCGGUUCGGACAGACGUUAACACACAACACCGUUGUUUGCCAAACCCGGAGCGGCGGCAAAUCGUCGAACGGGCGUUGGAGUUGGAGAAAGAAAGCGUUUUAUCAUCAGAUAUCAACAGCAUCCGGUUUCCUGGCCGAGAAGAUGCCGCUGUUCCGGAUUUGCCAGUUUGGACGGACGGCCGGCAAGAUGUGUUUAUUGACCGGCUCCGACGGCGGCCCGUGCGGGUAUAUUCGGCGAGACCGGCGCGUUACAGCGGUUAUUUGAAGUCGCGCCGGCACGUACGGGUGAGCCCGCCGGCGCAGACGGGGGGCAGGUGGCGAUUCGAACGAUAA